UAAUUUGUUCCGAAACUAAAAAAGUUCGAUUUCUAUUUUUGCAAAAAAUGUUUGAGGAAUCAUGUACCUGAUAGUGUACAAAUUUACAUAGCAAGAUAACAUGAAAAGGAGAAUUGGAAGAUUGAGCAUGUGUCACGGGAUAAUUCUAAUGGUCAAUAACCUCAAAGAAGAAGAAGAAAAUGAAGUAUAGAACCUGCGAUGCAUCAAAUACUACUUUGUGUGGACAUUUAGGUUACUUAUGUUAUAAUCACGACGAUUGUUGUUCUCAAUAUUGUUCAAAAUCAUUUUGGUGGUCAUAUGGCAUUUGUGAUCAAGAUCAAUCAUCAUUGGAAUUUGAUUUAGAUUCAAACCUUACAGCUCAAGAAGGAAUUUGCGAAUUCCACAUGCAGAUUGAUGAAAAUGACAACGAUUAUCUGAAUGAUGAAUUUAGUAUCAUAAAUGCAGCCCACAAUACUUUGCCUCCAUAUACACUAAUCAAAGUGUCAUACAAAAGAAGGUCGAUAGUCAUCUCAAUAAACGAUCGCAUUCCUAAAACAAAUGGAACACUUUUAGAUUUAUCCAAUGAAGCGGCUCUUAGAUUACAUAUUAAAAAUGAAGAAUUUGUGCCGUGUAAAAUCGAAAAAGUGAUGCAUCAUAAUCCUAUUCUAAAAAUGAUUUUAUAUUCUAUACCAGUAUUGUUAUUUUUCAUAGUUAUAGUUAAUUUAUAA